AUGUCUUAUGAUAACAUCAAGUCAAGUUUUGAAUGGAUAUCCUCUCUGAAUGCAAAUACUCCAGUUACAGCCGUUCGCAAAACUUCCAUUAUUUGUACCAUUGGUCCGAAGACCAAUACCGUCGAAAUGAUAACAAAGCUACGUGAUGCAGGCAUGAAUAUUGUCCGUAUGAACUUCUCGCAUGGCUCCUAUGAAUACCAUAAAUCUGUUAUUGAUAACACACGCGAAAAUGCAAGACUAUACCCUGGUCGACCGGUUGCAAUCGCCCUAGAUACGAAAGGACCCGAGAUCCGGACAGGUCAAAUGCGUGAUAAUGUUGAGCUUCCCAUUACGGCUGGACACAUAAUGACCUUUAGUACAAAUGAUGAUUAUGCAGAGAUUUGUGAUUUGGAAGUGAUGUAUAUUGACUACAAGAACCUCACCAAAGUAAUUGACGUUGGCAAGAUCAUAUAUGUUGAUGAUGGAAUUCUUUCAUUUGAAGUAUUAGAAAAGCAUGAAGAUUCUGUCAAAGUUCGUGCAUUGAAUAGCGGAAAACUUUGCAGCAAAAAAGGAGUCAAUUUACCUAACACUGAUGUAGAUUUACCUGCAGUUUCUGAGAAGGACAAAAAAGACUUGUUAUUUGGGGUGGAAAAUGAUGUUGAUAUGAUAUUUGCCUCUUUUAUACGCACUGGCCAAGAUGUUAGAGACAUUCGAAAUAUUUUGGGUGAAAAUGGAAAGAAAAUCAAAAUUAUUUCCAAAAUUGAAAAUCAACAGGGUGUCAACAAUUUUGACGAUAUUUUGAAGGAAACUGAUGGUGUUAUGGUUGCACGCGGUGAUCUCGGCAUUGAGAUCCCACCCUCUCAUGUGUUUGUUGCUCAAAAAAUGAUUAUUGCAAAGUGUAAUCUUGCUGGAAAACCGGUAGUGUGCGCUACACAAAUGUUGGAGUCCAUGACACAUAAUCCUAGACCGACCCGUGCAGAAGUUAGUGAUGUUGCAAACGCUGUAUUGGAUGGUGCUGAUUGUGUCAUGUUGUCCGGUGAAACUGCUAAAGGAUCCUAUCCCAUUGAGUCCGUAAGAAUGAUGCACGAGACUUGUUUGACUGCUGAAUCAGUAAUUUGCUAUCCUCCUCUCUUCAACGAACUCCGUGCACUCACUCCUUUACCAAUGGAAACCACGGAAGCUGUGGCAUGUUCUGCAGUAUCAGCCGCACAUGAAAUUCGUGCAGCAUGUAUUCUUGUGUUGUCAACUUCAGGCAACACGGCUCGCCUAAUUUCUAAGUACAGGCCGCGUUGUCCUAUUAUUACUGUUACGAGAGUCGCUCAAACAGCAAGACAGAUUCACCUCUAUCGAGGAUGUUACCCUUUCGUUUAUGAACAUAUGGAACUCCCUCCGACUGAUGAAACCGGUGAUCAAUGGCAGUUUGAUGUGGAAGAAAGAAUUAAGUGGGGAAUAAAGCGUGCCGUGGAGCUCAGUAUACUCAAAAGUGGCGAUCCAGUAAUUGCCAUUCAAGGCUGGAAAGGCGGACUUGGAAAUACCAAUACAAUACGCAUUUUACAAACGCCAUGA